UUGAUUUGUGUUUUUCACAAAAAAGAAGAAACAAUACCUCAUACGGAAUACAUUGACCAACAUUUAGAUAGUCCAGCGCCAAACCAGCAUAAAAGUGAAGGAAGUGAAGUUACUGUAGAAGAAAGAACAAAACCCCAGACUAAAGAAGUCGAAGUAACAGCUAAUAACGUUCUUGAAAAGAUGCCGUCAGAAACGAGUGCGUCGCUAACAGUGAGUGAUGACUACGACAAGAAGAAUAACUCAGGCAGAAUCGAGGCUCAAAGUCAAGCUAUACAGAAGACACCCCUCAGAAAGCCACAACCAAAGUUCGGAAGGUUAAACCCAGAAGGGCGUUCACUGAUCUUGCCUGGUGGUAGACGAUGGCGAAGACCAGGAGAAGAAUACAACGAGGAAAAGAUUGCGGAGACUAUUCUAGCCCAAUCUGAAAUUAUUCAAGGAAAAACUUUGGGGAUAAACUUCCUAAAGUACAAAAAACCUCCCGUUCCCCUGGACCAUCUCCAACGCUCAGAAGUGUACAAGCUGGUGCACAACAUGGAGCAAGCGCCGCCGAGGCGUGUUGAGCUGCUCAGGACAGCAAUUUCUGAGGCUGAUUACAGAGAGAAAUAUCGUUCUAUGUCACCACAUCCGGCAGAAUCUCAUACGGAACCAUUGUCCACAAUUUCUCAACAAUUUCAUCCGUGA